AAAAUAAUCUGAUCAGCUGAUCUGACCUGGCAACAAAAUAGCGCAGCUAGAGAAACCUGCUGGGGAGGGGGUCCGAAGAACAAAACAAUGACACCGCUCGGAAGGAUUCAAAUGCAGUAACACUUUUAAAGACUUUUAAAUGGAAUAGCGCGGAUUUCCCUCCCGUUUCAAAGCAAAAGAGUCCGCUGAUAUCCGCGCUCGUGACAUCGACCGCUGGUUGUUUUUGUUGAUAUGUUGUCACAGCUCAGUUGACAGACUUGCGGCUAGCUGGUUGUUUCCACGGAUGUGAAGUGUUGGAGCUCGCUGGCCCGAUAAUUACAUUUAUUUCGUUUGGUCAACACUGUCCGUCGAAACCAGCUGGUCGUAAAGUGUUGACCUCCGGAUGCCCAGUGAUCCCAGCGAGCCAUUGUGGGUCCGUUUGCUAGCUAGCCUGUUGUUAGCAUCAACAAUUGCACAUUCAUCCGUUCAUUGUCUCGGUCAGUACUGUAUGACGUGUCACACUACAUGUUCGUGUUUUUAUGUAGUUGUGUAGGCUAGCCUUGGACAUUUGACGUGUUUGAUGCUAAGCUAAAUGCUACCUUUGGGUCCGAGCUAAAAACAUAUCUGGUGUAACUCAAGGAGUCAGCUGCUUCUGGCUCAUUGCCUCACCGGUUGUUGCACUAAAUAACAUUAUUAUUUCCAUUGUGAGUGUUUGAAAUCCAUGCUGCAGAAACCCAGUUCGAUUAAUAGUAUUAUUGUUGAUUAUUUUAUCUGUUAGUCAGUGGAUCGGCAGUGCUGUGACCAUGCAGUAGGUUGAUUUUAUUAUUGUUGUUGUUGUUGUUAUAUGUUGUACAAUUUGCACUAACUGAAAUUAGAAAUAGCUGGUGCUGUUAUAAAGGCUGUCAGAGUAAGCACCGCUCUGUUUUCAAGUUUUCCGCGUAAGAAACAAUGAGUGGUCAUGGCUCAUCUUCAGAUAAGGGAGUCAAUACCGGCCUAAUAUGUCAGGAGAGUUACGCCUGCGGGGGCUCUGAGGAGGCUGCGUUUGAGUGCGACGAAUGCAAAAGGUUGCAGUGUGUCCGCUGUGAGCUCGAGCUCCACAGCCAGGAGCGCCUGAAGCACCACGCGCGGGUUCGGAUCGGACCGGGACACGUCCCCUACUGUGACAGCUGUAAAGGGGGCAAUGGAGACGGCAGCAAGCGCCAUCGCUCGGCGGUCCGCUGCCCCAACUGCAAGGUCAACUUGUGCCAGGACUGCCAGAAACGCACCCACAGUGGAGGCAACAAGAAGAAACACCAGCUCAUGUCUUACCCCCCACCACCUAAACCGGCCGAGGACAUCUCUGUCCAGACGUCUGCCGUGCCUGCCGGCCCGCCAGCCGCCGCCGCCGCCGCCGCCGGCGGCCUGCUUGCCGCGCAAGUACCCGAUGACGGCAAAUCUCAUCGAGCAAAACUCCUGGAGAAGAUCUCCAGUUUUCUCCUGGUUGAUGAGAACGAGGAAAUGCAGGUAAAAGAGGAAUCUGCGUUUGUAAAGAGCCUCAGCUGUAACCCCGACCAGCUGCUGAAGGUGGUGUCCAUCUUUGGCAACACGGGAGAAGGCAAAUCUCACACCCUGAACCACGCCUUCUUCAUGGGCAGAGAAGUAUUCAAAACCUCUCCUGCUCAGGAGUCCUGCACGGUAGGCGUGUGGGCGGCGCUCGACCCCUUUCGUAAAGUGGUGGUCAUCGACACGGAGGGGCUGCUCGGCAACAGCUCCAAACAGGGCCAGAGGACCCGCCUCCUGCUCAAGGUCCUCGCCAUCUCCGACCUCAUCAUCUACCGCACCCACGCCGACCGACUCCACGACGACCUCUUCAAGUUCCUCGGGGAUGCGUCGGACGCUUACCUGAAGCAUUUCACCAAGGAGCUGAAAGCCACCACGGCUCGCUGCGGCCUGGACGUCCCGCUGUCCACUCUGGGCCCCGCGGUGGUCAUCUUCCACGAAACCGUCCACACUAAGCUGCUCGGUUCAGAAAAGUCAUCCGAGUCGGUGGACCGGCUGCUGUCGGAGCGCUUCAAGAAGCUUUCCCGUUUCCCAGAGGCCUUCAGCUCCGUUCAGUACUGGGGCACGCAGACCCUCAGCCCCCCGACCGACUUCCGCGGCCUGCAGAAUAAGCUGGAGCAGCUCCUGGACAACAACGCCACCCGUUCCCCGCGCACGCCGGUGGUCAUCUUCAAAGCCCUGCAGGCACUCAGCGAGCGCUUCAAUGGAGAGAUUACGGGCGAGCUGGUGGCUCACAGCUGCUUCUUUCCCGACGAGUACUUCACCUGCUCCUGCCUGUGCCUCAGCUGCGGGUCCGGCUGCAAGAACAGCAUGAACCACUUGGAAGAAGGCGUGUGCCAUGAGGCAAAGCAUCGUUGCCGUUACUCUCUUCAGUACGAUAAUCGCAUUUAUACCUGUAAGGCUUGCUAUGAAGGGGGGAAGGAAGUGGUAGUUGUCCCUAAGACCUCAGCCUCCUCCGACUCUCCGUGGUUGGGCCUCGCCAAGUACGCCUGGUCCGGGUACGUCAUCGAAUGUCCCAACUGCGGGGUGACCUAUCGGAGCCGCCAAUACUGGUACGGGAACCAGGACCCCGUGGAUACGGUUGUCCGCACUGAGAUCCAGCAUCUGUGGCCGGGGUCGCAGGGCUUUUUAAAGGACAACGGCAAUGCAGCUCAGCGUCUCCUGGACGGAGUCAACCUGGUGGCCCAGUCCGUGUCAGAGCUCAGCGUCAAGCCCGCCAAGGCCGUCUCCUCCUGGCUGACGGAUCAGAUCGCCCCCGCCUACUGGAAACCCAACUCCCUCAUCUCGGUGUGCCAUAAGUGUCACGCGGUCUUCCAGGACAACGACACCAAGCAUCACUGCCGUGCCUGCGGAGAGGGCUUCUGCGACCGCUGCUCUUCCAAAGCGGCGCCCGUCCCCGAGAGGGGCUGGGGCCUCGCCCCCGUCCGGGUCUGCGACGGCUGCUUCGAACAGAGAGCGGCGUACGCGGAGCUGCUGGAGGCGGAGCCCGAGGAGGAGGAAGGCGGAACCCUGGCCAGGAAGGUCGGCGAGGCCGUCACCAACACCUUCGGGGUCGUGGCGACCGCGAUUGACAUCCCACUCGGGCUAAUGAAAGAUGGCGCUCUCCCCGCCUACUGGGUGCCCGACCAGGACAUCCUGUCCUGCCACAACUGCCAGCGCGAGUUCACUGCCAAGCUGUCCAAGCACCACUGCCGCGCCUGCGGACAGGGAGUGUGCGACGACUGCUCCCCGGAGCGCCGCUCGGUCCCGUCCCGCGGCUGGGACCACCCCGUGCGCGUUUGCACCGGCUGCAACCAGAAACCCGGAGACCUUUAACAGGGAAGGUCCUUCCUUCCUCAGAGCACCAGAGAGGACCGACCAACCAAGCGACCGACUGACCGACCGCUCACCCGGCUCGCAGUCCGUCACUGCUUCACCUCCAUCAAUCGCAAGGUUCUGUCUCGUUUCUGUGGUAAAGGAAGAAUUUAGGCAUAUAGGAUGUUUAGCAGAGUUCCUGUGGCCUUUUGUGCAACAGCUGGAACUUGUGGGUUACUUGACUGAGUGGGAAGCUCUACAUUACCACUCUGAUCAUUCGGAGUGAACAUUUGGAUUCUUAUUUACACAAGUCCCUAAUUUUACGUUAAAUAAAGCUGUUGAGCUUAUUUUUCUACUAUGAGAAAAUAUAUUAAAAAAUGUAUAAUUUUAAUGGUAUUAGUUAGUUGAGGACCCUGUUGGGUUGGUGUUAUUAGUUCCCAGCAAUUCUUAUUAUUAUCAUUUCUCUGAUGACGUGUAAUGGCGAGGAGAUAUUUUAUAUCCGUGCAGGUGUAUCUGCAGGUUCCAUUGCAUGCUGUAUUGCAACAUCAUAGUUUUUGCACUAAGCCUUUUUCAGCUGUUAUAGGCUGUUGCUUACCAUGGCCAAAAUCCAGAUAUUCAGAUGAUCAACCAGUCCGUCCCAAGCCGAGCUGAAAAUCUGCCACGUUGGGACUAGAUUGUGGAAAUCUGGUGUGCCAAAUAUCAUUCAGGUCACUAUGUCUGUGCUGGUAUAAUGUUUAGAUUGUAUCAUGUAAUGUGUGGAUGUAUGAAAACAUAGAACUACGUUAGGAGUGUAAAUUUGAACCGCUAAAAAUGAUUUAUGUAUUGAAGAUUUAAAAAAAACAACAACACUCUGGCAUGCAGGACAGUGUGAGAUCCACGACCUCCCACUUGUUCAGAGGAUGAUCUCUGAAUGAGCCUCGCUGUCUCCUUUACCAUCCCUGUUAUACUACGUAUUUCAUGUUCAAAUUUGAUUUCUUGACAGCUUGAUUUUCAUUGUUUUCUAGAUAUUUACGUUUGUUUACUGUGUGGUUAUUGGUUUGCCGAAAAGGGAAAAGAUCCAAUUUUGUUUUCAAACCAGCUUUACGUGUUACACGCCUCUGUAGGCACCGACUGACAGGAAAGCAUAUUUUAGUUGUUUUAGCUUUUUGCUACUUUUCCGUUACUUCACCUCCGUUAUUGAUAAUGUAUUUUUUUUUUUCGUUUUCUGGUUUUCAUUGUUGACAUUAAUUAACGUACAGCUAUUUAUAUCUUUGUAGCGACUGUAUGCAAACCACUCGCCUUUUUGUCCUUUCUCUUUAGGCAUUACACAGAAGAAAACGGCGCUCGGUUGUAGGAAUGAAAUACUUUUGAACCAUGUUUAGAGACUUGAGAGCUUUACGUGUGGAUGUCCUACAAAGCACAAGGUGAUGCCUUUGACACACGCUUGUACUUUGGUGUUAAAAUUAGAAAAAAAAGGGGUCUUUGUCAAUUGUAAGCUUUGUAGAUAAAGUGAUUUCUCCCUUUGCUCCUAGCUUUGACAUUUUUGGUUUUGACGUCUGAUGAGAAAAUGUUUUGUCUGCCUUUUCUGAAAAUAGAUUUAUCUGUCUGAAUGUUGCAUCACACACACACGCACACACACACACGCGCACACACUCCUUGGAGGUGCUGUAUAUUGCACAGUAUAGAAUAGGAAAAACUACACGUAAUGUACAAAAAAAAGGGCAAUUUGUUGUUCCAGACAUUUUAUCUUGUAAAGUCCAGUUUUUUUCUGAUCAUGUUGGAUGCUCAUCAACCUCAUCAAGUUGGAACCAUUGAUACAAUAUAAAUAACGAUGUGUGCAUACUAAACUGAUGGAAGAUUUGCCUAAGAUUAAAGUUGUUUCAGCUCCCAUUAGUCAAAGAAAGAA